AACUAUCCUUUGAUGAAGGGAAUACUAUCCUGUUCAUCUCCUCUCCCGGAACUGUUCAUCCUUAGCUUCCUCUUCUCUCGAUGUCAAAAAAAAGCUUCCUCUUCUCUCCGCGCCGUCGUGGUCAAUUUGGUUAACAAAACCAAAAAUAUCCAUCAAUUCGCUACCUCCCCCCCCCCCCAAUCUACCACAAACAAUCCACGAAACCCUAGUCCAUACGGGGGCCUCGAAUUGGGGUCUUGGCGCUGGGGAUUUCAGCCGUCUGGGCAUGGAUUUGGAUCUGUGGAUCGCCAAGGUCAAGGAGGGGCAGCACCUCGCCGAGCACGAGCUCCAGUCCCUGUGCGAAUACGUGAAGGAGAUUCUCAUCGAGGAGUCGAAUGUGCAGCCUGUCAACAGCCCUGUGACAGUGUGUGGUGACAUCCACGGGCAGUUUCAUGACCUGAUGAAACUUUUUGCGACUGGAGGGCAUGUCCCCGAUACGAAUUACAUAUUUAUGGGUGACUUUGUGGAUCGCGGAUUCAACAGCCUAGAGGUCUUCACAAUCCUUUUGCUCCUAAAAGCAAGGUACCCUGCCCACAUAACCCUUCUACGCGGGAAUCAUGAAAGCAGGCAGUUGACACAGGUGUAUGGUUUUUAUGAUGAGUGUCAGAGGAAGUAUGGAAAUGCCAAUGCAUGGCGAUAUUGUACCGAUGUUUUUGAUUACCUUACUCUUUCAGCAAUCAUCAAUGGCACGGUCCUUUGUGUUCAUGGUGGCCUUUCACCUGAUGUACGGACUGUUGAUCAGAUACAAGUCAUCGAUCGCAAUUGUGAGAUUCCCCACGAAGGGCCUUUCUGUGAUCUGAUGUGGAGUGACCCUGAAGAGAUAGAUACAUGGGCAGUUAGUCCCCGUGGAGCAGGUUGGCUUUUUGGAACAAGGGUGACUCAAGAGUUCAACCAUAUUAAUAAGAUAGAGUUAGUUUGCCGGGCCCAUCAACUGGUCCAGGAAGGCCUAAAGUACAUGUUUGAUAAAGGCCUUGUAACUGUGUGGUCUGCGCCUAAUUAUUGCUACAGAUGUGGCAAUGUUGCUUCUAUACUAAGCUUCAGUGAGAAUAUGGAAAGGGAGGUCAAGUUCUUCACAGAGACAGAGGAAAAUAACCAGAUGCGAGGGCCAAGGAGUGCAGUCCCAUAUUUUCUUUGACCCUGUCUGUACAAUUUUUUUUUACCUGUGGAUCUUAUUUGUAUGGGCUAAACGGCAUUGGAUAGGUGUUCAUACUUGUAGGUUUCAGCUCAGAACGCAAUCUGGUGCAUUGUAUGUCAGGUUAUUUUUUCUUGCCUGUACAAUAGAUAUUGAAAGAAAUACUGCUCUUUCUCAUGACCUCCAUCA